CUGUCAUUUUAACGAAUUACUGGCAGGAUAUAGCCCAGUGCCUGGAGAGUUGCUUAUUCUUUGCAUGAAGAAGAGAAAGAACUUGCUGGGGCAUCAGAAGAUAUUUUAAGAGGUUGCUGUUAUGACAUCUAACGACACAAUGACAUCUAACGUCACAAUGACAUCUAACGUGUCAAUCGCAUUAUUACAAUUACAAGAUACCGUCUAUUUUAAUGAAAGUCAAGUUCCAGACUCUGUCAUACAUUAUACAAUAGCAGCUGCUGUUGCCAUGUGCCUCUGCCUCAUUGGAAUUGUGGGAAAUAUAAUAGUGUGCUGGUUCCUUUUAUUCAGGAUUCAGAGAAAUAAAUACACUGUUUACAUUAUGAACUUAGUUGCAGCUGACCUGCUGUUACUCACAUUUGCUGUUUUAGUAAUGAUGGUCAAUAUAAACACAUUAGUUGGUAGCAAUCCUGAUUUUAAAGGCAAUGCUGAAUUUGAUACUUUCUUAGAAAUAAUUUAUGAUCUUUCUUUAUAUUCUGGAAUGUACUUUCUAACAGCUAUCAGUAUGGAGAGAUGCAUUUCUGUGCUUUUUCCUCUUUGGUAUCGUAAUUAUCGCCCAAAGAAACUAUCAGUAAUAAUGUGUGUUUUCCUUUGGAUUCUUGGAUGCACAGAAAGUCUCAUUAAAAACUUAACAUGCCCCUCAGAAGAUUUUAGGAGUCAGACACCAGUUUGUACAGGAGUAGAGAUUAUGACAUUCACUUUAAGCAUUUGCAUCUGUCUACCACUAAUGAUCCUUUCUAGUGUCACUCUUCUGAUUGCUAUAAAGAGGACCUUCAGGGAUCGAUACCCACCAAGACUUUAUAUCAUCAUUAUUGCUGCCGUCUUUAUUUUCAUCUUGUCAGUGAUACCAAUCAACUUCCUCUGGUUUCUACUGUACUUCAGACGUUUACCUUCAAUACAAGAUACUCUUGGCCUAUACUUUGCCAGUAUAAUAAGUGCAGCUCUCAGUUCUACUGCCAAUCCAUAUAUUUACUUUAUUGUUGGAAGAGUGUGGAAACAGAAAUCCAAUAAUUCAAUUCAUGAUGCUCUUCAUAGAGCCUUUAAGGCAGAAGAGGAUGAAAAGGAAGAUCUAAAAUGUGAAGAAGAAAAGACUUCAUCUAACACUGGUGAAACAAACAGCACUUCCUGUAACAGUGAUCAAACACAGAGUUCAAAUGACACCAAUAAGGAAAAUAUCUUGUGAGCAUGUGCUAUUAAGGUUUUUAAUAAAUUAGUAUACUUCCCACUGGAUGGUUUAUGUUAUAUAAAUGCUACAGAAAUGUACAGGAAAACCAAACAUUAAACAAAUAAUGUGGAAUAUCAUGAGAGAGGAUGAACUAUUAACAAACUUUUUAAGUGAAUUUGAAGAAUCUGAAUAAAAUUAAAAUUUAAUUCCUAUUUUUUUUUUAUAAAUCAGCCAUUAUCAUAACAUUCUUUUUGUGUAAGUGCAUAAGAGCUGUUGUACGAUGUUAUCAGGCAGAACAAAAAAUGAACGUAAAAAAUGACAUAUUAUACAUUCAUGUGUUUAAAGUCAUAUAAUUAGGCUUAUAUACAUACAAGGCAGAAAUUAUGGAUCAAUUUGGUGCAAAUGUGAAGAAGUGUGGCCUACAUACAUCAGUUCAUCAAAUCAGCAGGAAGGUCGAAUUGAAAUUUGGAUAGAAAUAAAAGCAGAAACUACAGUC